GCUGUAGCAUAAUUUUUGGUCGCCUGAUUUGUUGUUUCUGCUGUCUUCCGUAUCUCUAAUUUCUCCUUGUUGUGCAGACCUACUAGGUUCUUCUUCUACCCCCAUAAAAAUAUUCCUGAUAAACUAAAGUAGAAACGAUCGCAAAGGAAUAAAAUGUCUUCGUCGCGGCCUCCCUUUUGGGAGGUCACUGACGUGGAGAUCGUUCGGAAGGAGGGUAGUUCCACGAAGGUUGCAGAGGCGGUUAUCGAAGCUAGGCCGACCUCGAAAUACCCGAAUCUAUGGGUGUGCUGCAGUUCCCGCGCGGAAGGCAGCAGCAAAUUUGACGACGUGGAGUUGACCCGGACCAUCUUUUUGCUGAAAGACGGGUGUCGGGCUAGUGGGCGCAGUGUGGUACUUCAGUUCAAGCCCACCGGGAAAAAGUUGGUCAGUUUGAAGGCCACGUUCCUGACGGAGGCCGACGUCAAAGGGUUUUGCACGGUGUGUGGGCUACCGUUCGGGGAGGUUCCGCAGCCAGCAGUGGCGAGCAACAAACGAGAAGAGCCAAUAAGCAGUGCACCGGCGUGGGCCACGGACCCGAUGGAGCGGGCGAAGCGGGCGCGCCUGGAGAAGCCGGUGGUGAAAAGACCACCCGAUCAGCACGAGUAAGCUGAAUGAUAAGAAAGCAGCGAAUUGCAGCUUCUAUACAGACGCGAUUAUUUUGAUGUCGGACACGACGUUAGCUGAUAUCAAACAACUUUGUUCUGUAGAGAGUUUAUCACGCAUCAAAGCAUGUGAGAAGUCAUACAAGAGGUUUAUCUCACACAACAACAACUACCUAACUCCGCAGCCCCAGCGUCGUGAUGGGUACGAACGCACUGAAAACGAAAUCCCUGCCCCAACACCUCGCAAUACUCGUGACGCACCCGAACAAGAAGAAUUUCGGGCUGCAGCAGAGCGACAAACCCUACAUGCCCCCGACUGACACCGCGUGGCGCACCAAGCGGGACCUCACCACCGCACGCUGGGAGCAACAGAUGGCGAAGGUCCCGGCCCCCAGCUCCCAGUACAAGCGGGACACCCCGGCGCCGAGCUUCACGAAUGGCUUGAUGAGUCUUUCGAACGCGCCACCGCUCCCCAACGGCACGGGAACCACGUCUGCCUCGUCGAGCAGCAGCGGUGGCGGUGGCGGCCUCGUGAACCUCGGCAACACCUGCUUCUUCAACGCGGUGUUGCAGUACAUCCGCAGCAUCCCUCUGUUCGAGGAGAUUUUGCUCCGUGCGAGGACCGUUGCGAACGGCAUAGAAAAAGAACCGGGACUGGAGGGGAAGGGAAAGACAGAAAUGAAAGAGCCUGCCGCUACCACUGCUUCUGCCGAUGGCGCCCUUGUUGCUGCGCAAGGAAAUAAACAUCAAGGCGAAGAAGGUGUUCUUCUUGAGCCGGCAGCGUCAUCAACCAGCACCAUAUCCGCAGCUUCACCACCAGAGCACCCGGACGCCUUUCUCUCCCCCGCGAAAGAACCCACGACGAGCAAAACUGCCUGCGACUUGCGGGCGUUGCCAACGCCGCAACGGACACGGAAGGAGGAUGAUGAAAAUAAAAACGAAGAUCACGUCGUGGCAAAUAAAGUAAACCUGAAUAAACCAUCGGAGACGAGCAGGCUGAAUUCCAUCGAGAUUUACGCACUGUCGGUGAAGGUGUUGGAGGGGUUGAAGAGCAACAGCACGGCGGUGAACCCGGGGGAGCUGCUGCGGUGCAUCAGCAAGAAGAACCCGAUGUUUGGGAACCACAUGCAGCACGACGCGCACGAGUUUUUCUUGGAAUACAUCAACCACCUUCACGACGCGCUGCUAGACCAGGUCCAGGAACUCCCAACGGUGCUUUUCGACAGCGAGGUGUCCCUGCAGCUGGACUGCCGCAGGUGCCACAACUGGCAGAGCGACAACGUGGAGAAGUUUCGCGACUACAGUCUCGAUUUCCUCCCGGCAGGUAGGGCACAGAAGCUGGAGGAAUUGCUGGAAGCGUAUUUUCAGGACGAGGAGCGCGAUAUUGCAAGGAAAAAUCCCCCCUCCCCAUAUUAAAAACGUAUCUGAAAAUUUGUGAUGCAGAUCUGCGGCCACAAAUCCUGUCUGUCUUGCUAGAAGGCAAAUCCAGGCUCUCUGCCACGCUAUGCAGGCGAUUUGUGAUGCUGUAAGGACUACAGGGCAGCCGUCUACCAUGCUAGCCGCCUACACCAAAAGGCGCCUAUCCAGGCUUGCAAUCUGCGCGCAGUCCUAUACUGCAAGACAAAUCUGAUUUAUGUACGCAAAUCCAGCACUACAGAUUUCCUUUUCGAUAUGGGGAGGGGGGAUUUUUCCUUUUGAUACGCGAGUACCGCUGUCCGCAGUGCGAGAAGCAGCCAGGCGCACCGGGGCAGGGCAGCAGUUCUUGUGAGGGGGCGAAGGGCGCGACGACUACAUUUGCUGCGCCCCCCCAAACGGUGAUCGCCACCAAGAAAAUCCGGCACCCCGCCAAGGCACUGGCGCUGCACCUAAAGCGGUUCAAGGCGGAUCCCGUCGCGCGGCGAUACCUCAAGCGGCGCGAGGAAGUGGAGUUUCCGGAGCGGCUGGACCUGCCGCCGGAGUUUCUGCACCCGGAGCUCCUCAGCGAACUCUACGAGGAGCGGGAAAACUAUCCACAGGAAAAAGAAAUCUAGUUUUAUUACCGUAGACGUAAUGCAUGACAAGUGUCCUCCUCUUCGUGCGCCUGCCCUAUCCAGCAUUUUACCUUAUACGAGGUAGCGAAAAUAAUUUUUGGCUGUAGUUCUAGUACGCGUGCGUGAACAUCAAAUUAAGUGGAUUUCUAUUGCAUAAAAGCUACGAGAAGGGGCAACGGCGCAGCAGUGGUGCCGUGUUGACGGCUGCGGAGCUCGACCAAAUGUCGGAGGAAGACCAGUUGAAAUGGGCGAUGGAGCAGAGCGAGCGGGCCAACGAGAGCAGUGUACUACUAGACACCAGCAAGGACGAAGCUGCAACAUCCUUGUUGGACACCACGGUGCACCUGGACGACCGCCCGGUGACCAUCAGCUACCGACUCGCCAGCGUCGUCGUACACACGGGCGACACGCCACACUCGGGGCACUACAUCACCUGGAACAGGCGGUGGGAAACCAAGACCUGGACCUGCUACAACGACAGCCGCGCGAGCGAGUUCGACCAUUUACCCCCUUCGGUGCGCUCCCAGGCGUAUCUGCUGCUGUACGAACAGAGCGAUCCGCUGGACAGCUCCUGUGGGAAGUAAAGAAGGGACCACGUCGGCUACCUGAAGCCACGUCGGCCUGAGGGCGCGGGCGAGAAGCUCUUGUGAUGUGGAGAAACAAAGUAUGGAUGUUGGCAAAACGAUGUUCAUCCAGCGCGAGAAAUAAAGUGGCUGCAAAGAGUCCUCUUGCAGCGAUGAACGUUAUUGCCUCCGCGUGGAGUUCCUCUGUGCGUUUAUUUUCGCAGGAGCGGAAGGGACAAACUGAAACUUCUACUUACUUCGGGUCACGAAUUCUACAAGGGACGCAGCAUUCCAGUUGUGAUUGUGUACAGGGAGGUUUUCUUGUCUGCUGAAUUUCUAAC